AUGUCAACGCAACCAAAAAUCAAUUGGGAUGGGACAGAGGACGAAGGGCGGAAGAUGAAGAGGAGAGAAAAAAACAGAGUUGCGGCUCAGAAAAGUCGAAAGAGACAAAUGCUGAGAGCCGAUCAGCUUCACGAGGCCUGUGAAUAUCUGGAGCAGAAAAACAGAAAACUCAGGAAAGAGGUGGACUCUCUCUCUGAAGAACAGCGUCUCCUCUCAGAAGCUCUGUGCAGUCAUGAAGCCUGCUGUCCCAUCAUGCACUGCUCCUUCAGUCUGCAGCAGGACAAUUCAGCCUCACUGUCCCACUGA